AUGCGGGGCGAGUCAGCCUCGAUAUUACCCACGUACCCCCUUACCAGCUAUACUUUCGGUACCAAGGAGCCGCUGUACGAACGCGACCAGUCGGUGCAGGCUCGCUUCCAGAGAAUGAGGGACGAGUAUGACAAGGUCGGCAUGAGACGCUCUGUCGAAGGUGUUUUACUAGUGCAUGAGCACAGUCUGCCCCAUGUUCUGCUUCUUCAACUCGGCACAACUUUUUUUCGUCUGCCAGGAGGCGAACUAGAACCAGGCGAAGACGAAGUAGAAGGUUUGAAACGGCUUCUAACUGAGUGUCUCGGUCGACAAGAUGGCGUCAAGCAUGACUGGAUCGUUGAAGACACCAUUGGGAAUUGGUGGCGACCGAACUUUGAACCUCCUAGGUACCCUUACAUUCCGGCCCACGUGACGAAGCCUAAAGAGCAUACUCGACUGUUUCUUGUCCAGCUUCAUGAAAAAGCACUAUUUGCAGUUCCAAAAAAUUAUAAGCUCGUUGCCGCACCUCUCUUCGAACUUUACGACAAUUCGCAGGGGUACGGACCGUUGAUAUCGAGUCUUCCUCAAGCAUUGAGCAGGUAUGUAUUAAACCUGUGA